UUUAUUUUCAGCCGUGGAGUAAAAUGAAUUUCGGAUUAUAGUAGGCCUAUUAAAACUAAGACUGAGAUUGAAGGAUACUAAUACAUUUUUGUUUUAUCAUUAUGCUUUAUAAACAUGAAAAAGACUAUGUUUUUUUUAUAUCCUUCUAAAACAUUUUAACAGGGUCGUUUUAACAACCCCUCUUCUGUUUUGAAUGGAAUAUCCCUGACGUCAUUUCCCCCAGCGCCAUUGUUUGACCUCCAUGGUUGUGUACUCGAAAUUAGCCAUGGACAAUCAAGAAGAAGUUCUAGACGCAUUAAACAACUUUGAGAAGAAGAAAGGCGACAUUCCUCCUGUUUUAGAGCAAUAUUUGAAAACUAUAGCAAAAACCGGCGAAACACUGUUUCCCUGGCCCCGGGUGAAGUCGCUGUUUAUCAGUAAGCUAGAGGAUGUGAUGACAAAGUUUCACCAUGAUCUUCCAGCGGACCACCUUCCACCCUGUCCAAAUGUCGACAACCCAAAGUUCAAAGAGAUGAAGAAAAGAAUAAUGGACUCAGUCAACAGGUUCUCUGGGGCACCCUUUACCAUACAGCGAUUAUGUGAACUUCUGACAGAUCCCAAGAAGCACUAUAAACGCACAGAUAAAUUUCUUCGUGGUAUUGAAAAGAAUGUUUUAGUGAUAAGUACAGUUGAUCCAUUUGGAAAUAAGAUAGUGUGUGAGUCCCGAGCUAACCUCGUGAAUGGACUAGAAGAGUCCCCUGUGAACGGAAACGAAGCAGAUUCCCCCACAACCACCACCGACCUCACCCCCGUACAGUAUUCCAGCUUCCCCUCCCAGCAACAGACAAACUGGACAACAGACAGCUGGGCGGGGGUGGGACCCAGUCAGGGGGGACCCGAUCAGACGACCUCCUCCUCUGACACUGGGCCCCUCUCUGGUACCCCUGAUCAGACGACCUCCUCCUCUGACACUGGACCCCUCUCUGGUACCCCUGAUCAGACGACCUCCUCCUCUGACACUGGACCCCUCUCUGGUACCCCUGAUCAGACGACCUCCUCCUCUGACACUGGGCCCCUCUCUGGUACCCCCGAUCAGACGGCAUCAUCCUCUGACUCUGCACCCCUCUCUGGUACCCCGCAUCUAACCUCAGACCAGACUGACAAUCCGUCAGACGGCUCUGUCCCCGAGUCGUGGUCAGGCCAGGCCAUGUCUGACCGAGAGAAAACUGUGUGUGAGAGAGAUGAAGUGUCAUGUGAAUCUGAAGAUUCCUCACCUGCCAAGAAGCCAAAAGUCUCAGGUGAGGACUCGUCAGUAGAACCAUCAACAUCGGAAGAUACUAACAAACAAACAGACACCACACUUAAUACAGACCAAUCCAGAGAGCAGUCAGAGGUCCCGUCAUCAGAGGUCGUGACCUCAGAAGAGUCAAAGGUCACACAAAGGUCAGAGGUGAACAGUGAGGAAGAGACCUCUAAGAGUUUACCUGAGGAGAAACUGAUUUCAGACCAGGAACAGGCAGAUCUCGAUAAAGGUUCACCUGAGUCAUCUCAAGAGCAGAGAGAUCUCGGUAAAAGUUCACCUGAGAGAGAUGACAGUAAGGACUCCUCCGAGUCGUCUCAGCAUGGUGAGUCCAUCAACAGUGAUAAUCAGUUACCUCAGACAGCCUCUACUUCUAUAAAAGACACAUCAGAAAAUGGACAGGACCAAAGUCAAUCUCCAGAAAAAAGCUCAGAGAGUUCACAAAACAGUUCAGAGGACAGUGUGGAGCCUGAAAGUUCUGAGGAAACGUCUACGCAAUCAAAUGAGUUGCCCGCUGAGGAAAGUGUGUCUAGUUCCCAGGAAGAAGGCAUGAGCUGUGACAGUGAGACAGAAAAUGUGGAUACCACGACCCCCAGUACUGAUAAUGACGACCCAGUCACCACCCCCACACAGGAGCAGACAUCAACAGAAGGGGAAACCCCCAUGGAAGAGGACUGAAUGGUUGUAAAUGGUUCAUUAUUACAGGAUUUUGUCACCCCUCCACAUGAUUCACCGCUGACGUCAAACGAAGACAGUCCUCAUCAUCUGAAGCCAUUUGUAAAAUAUGUGUUUACAUCAUCAGUGUUGCAUAGUAGUUUAUUUUGCUUUGUUUGGAGAAAAUUCAUUCUAGAAUCCACACAGAUCCCAUGGUCAUUGUAGUAAAGGGUACAAGUAUCUGUGAUUUAUGCACACUUAAAAGAGAUUUUUUUUAUCAUUCAAAUGAGAAAUCAAUGUUCCCACUUUUGAAUUAUUUCUAUUUUCUAAUUAUAAACAGGAUGAUGCCAUCAUUAUAUAAGCCAGAUUUAAGCUAUUUUAAACAUUUUUUUUUUUAAUUUUUGAUAUAUGUUGGUGCAUUUGCUGUGAAUACAGUUAUAAGUGAUCUCAAAAUUCCAACUUAAAAAGAAAUUAUCGUUCAUUAAACACUUUUCAUUCACCCAAUUCUAAGGUAGCUUUAGGUUACACCGAAAUCACCUCUUUUAUGAUGUUGGUCAUGGAGUAAUCAUGAAAAUGGAAAUUAUAUUUAAUGACAAAAUGUAGCAACUUGUGUCUAUUUCCUUGCUCAGAACUCAAAAAAACUGUACAUCAAUGUAUUCGGGAGGCUGAGCAACACCAUUGGGAAAUACUUUUUGGACGUGAAGAACAUAUUUUCAUAUGAAGGAGUAAAUAUCCUACCUGACAUUACUUAUUUUUCUUAAAAAGAAAAGAUAUAACACCUACUAGAAAAUGUGUAUUAGCCUAUUAGGUAGGGGUACGUAUUUUUUAUUAAAAUAAUUAAUGUCAGGUGCACAUGGGUUCAUUUUCAAAGUAAGGUAAAUGUACCUACCAGGCUUUUUUCCCAGUAAAAUAUUCAAAUACAGAUCACUCUUACUGCAAUGAAAGGUUGUGAUUAAAAAAAAAAAAAACCUAAAUAAAAAAUUAUUCUGCACACUCUUUUACAUUAAGAAUUUUCCUAAAUUACU